AUGUUUGUCAAGAGCGCUGCUUCGGCCAGUAUCCUGUUGGCGUUGGCCAACUUUGCUUCUGCGAGCCCGGUGCUUGCGAGGAGAGAGGUUGAGGCGAGGGCCGUCGCCAACAAGUUCCUGUUGACGCCUGCUCCCCCCGCCAGUGGUGAUGGCGCAAAUCUGGGUCUGACAAGCCAGGACAACUUCAUCUGGACUCAUGACGACGAAGGUAUCCAGGCCAACUUGACCCUCCAGGCCUCCAAGAACUUCCGUCUCCUCAGCGCCCCCAACUUCCAGGACGUCGUCGAGUCCGUCGACUGCAGCACCGAAGACAUCACCAUCAAGUUUGGCAGCGCCAGCUCUCUGCAGGCUGCCCAGGCUGCUUGGAAAUGGGUCAACCAGGCCGCUGCCAACACCCUCAUCUACGUUGCCGACGACGAGGCCUGUGCCGGCGACAAGGGCCGCCAGCCCUUCUCCGUCGAGUCCAUUACCUACGACACCACCGCGAACACGGCUCUCAUGGCUGCUACCAAGGCUCAGUGGAGGGACUUUGCUGAAGACGCCAGCAUCCACAUCUCGGGUAUCCCCGCUGCAGGAAACACCGCCAGGGAUAUCAGCAAGGACGUCAGCAUCGACAUCAGCCACGACUUCUCGCAGCCCAUCUACAGCACCACCGUUAGCGGCGUCAACCUCGCCGUCGCGUGCUCCAAGUGCACCACUCAGGGCAAGCUGAACGCUGACAUCACGCUGUCGUUGUCCAACGGCUUUGAGGCUUCGCUGACCACGUCCAACAACCUCGGGGCCACUGUCGAGGUCAGUGUCUCUGCCGGUGGCAGCAUCUCUUCGCCCAUCUCCACCAGCAUCCCCAUUGCCACGGUGCCCCUGGCCGGCUUCUCCAUCGCCGGCGUCGUCGACAUUGGUCCUCAGCUCAACAUCGUUGCCGAUGCCACCAUCUCCGGCUUCAGCGCCUCUGCCACGGCCACCGUCGGCGCCACUGCCAGCCUCCCCGACGGCUCCGGUUUCACGCUCGGCCAGAGCGCAAACAUCAACCCAACCAUCCAGGCCAGCGGCCUCGGCAUCAGCGGCUCCGUGUCCGCGUCCGCACAUGUCGCCCCCGUCAUCACCCUGCAGCUUGCCGCUACCUUCCUCGGUGAGGGUCUCGUUGGAGGACUUGCUCUCCAGGCUCCUGUCCUGAGCGCGAACUUUGCUGGCGCGGCUAGCACCGGUGGUGUGAAUACUUGCGGUAACGGCAACGCUGAGGUGUCUGUCGAGGUCGAUGUUGGUGCUGAGCUGGAUGCUUUCGGAGGAUUUGGAGGAGCUACGGAUCAGCCUAACAAGAUUACUGUUUUCAACAAGUCGACGACUCUGUGGAAGGCAUGCUUGGUUGUGUAA